AAUUGUACUCUACUUUAUUUUUCAAACGCCUUGAAUAUUAUUAAUGCAGAAACGUACGCAGUUGAUUGUUGUAUGAUUUUAAAUAAGCAUUGAUUUCCUGCAAUCACGGUGAUCCGGCGACUACGAUAUAUCCGCGGUUCAGUUAACCGUGUGUCGUGGCGAAAAUCAGUCGCAAUGAUUUUGGCGCUCGGAGCUGUAGUGGCGUUCAUCGCUGUGUACCAAUAUCUUGGAUUGUUACUUACAGCUGUAAUAUUUAUCACUUCUGGAUUGUUGUACCUGUUGAUAUUCCAUAGGAGAUGGUGCUAUGUCGCCCUAAAAACCGCGCCGAGAGAUAUAAGAGCUCUCUGGUGUUAUGUAAAAGUAUUACUCAUAGCGUGGAAGUGCAGUAGACAAAAUGCAACAGUACCUGAUAUAUUUCAUGAAGUUGUACAGAGAAAUCCCAAUAAGAAUUGCUUUCUAUUCCAAGAAGAAGUGUGGACUUUUAAGGAGGUAGAAGAUUACAGUCUGCGCGUGACAGCACUCUUAAAGAACCAAGGCAUCAAGAAGGGCAAUAUUGUUGGUCUGUUGACUAACAAUUGUCCCCAAAUGCCUGCAAUGUGGUUGGGUGCAACACGUUUGGGCGCAGUUUGCCCACUUAUAAACAUAAACCAGCGAGGCAACGCUUUAAUACAUUCAAUAAACGUGGCUAAAUGCGAUGCCCUCAUAUUUUCCGAUGAAUACCUGUCAGCCAUUCAAGAUGUGUCCAGCCAGUUAGAUCCAAAAUUAAAACUUUACAAAUUUUCCUGCCGUCCAUUGAACUCGCCUAAAUCUCAGAAGGCCAGUGGUGAUGGUAUUCCUGACUUUAUCGACCUUCUGAAGGUCACCCCACCUGCACCAUGGACCAAGGCGGACGGCUUCGGUUUUCAGGGGAAGCUUCUAUACAUAUACACUUCUGGAACAACUGGAUUGCCGAAAGCUGCGGUUAUAACUACUUCUAGGUUCAUUUUCAUGGUAGCUGGUCUGCAUCACAUGCGUCUUAAUUCAUCUGAUGUAGUCUAUUGCUCGUUGCCCCUGUACCACACGGCUGGUGGCGUUGUAAGCGUUGGGCAAGCGCUGAUCUUUGGCUGCACGGUUAUAUUGAAACCGAAGUUCUCGGCAUCGCAGUUUUUCCCAGACUGCGCUAAGUAUAAAGCAACGGCAGCUCAUUACAUUGGAGAAAUGUGCCGGUAUAUACUGGCUACGCCCCCGUCGCCGGUGGACAAGCAGCACAACGUACGGGUUAUCUUCGGCAACGGGCUUAGACCUCAGAUUUGGACAGAGUUCGUAACGCGCUUUAAUAUCAAAUACGUGACCGAAUUUUACGGAGCAACUGAAGGAAAUGCUAAUAUUGCAAACACAGACGGUACCCCGGGAGCUAUUGGCUUCCUAUCUCGCAUCUUUCCGAGUAUAUAUCCCAUCGCCAUCAUAAAAGUUGAUCAAGAAACCGGUGACCCAGUCAGAAACUUGGAAGGGUUGUGUCAGAUGGCUGGUCCAGAUGAGCCUGGCGUUUUCAUUGGAAAGAUAUCAGCAAAUAACCCGUCUCGGGAGUACCACGGUUACGUUGAUAAGGCGGCCUCAGAUAAGAAGGUUGUGAAGGAUGUCUUUGUGAAAGGAGAUUCCGCUUUUAUAUCGGGUGAUAUUUUAGUAGCUGACGAAUUUGGUUAUCUUUACUUCCGGGAUCGCACAGGCGACACCUUCCGGUGGCGAGGUGAAAACGUCAGUACCAGCGAAGUGGAGGCAGCAAUUUCAAGGGUUGCCAGCCAUAGAGAUGCAGUUGUUUAUGGUGUCCUGGUUCCUAAUACAGAGGGAAGAGCUGGUAUGUGCGGUAUAGUAGAUCCUGACGGAAGUCUAGACUUGGAGCAACUAGCCCGUGAUCUAGCUCGGGAUUUGCCUCCCUACGCCAGACCUAUCUUUGUGAGAGUCAUGUCCAGUAUGGAUAUGACAGGAACAUUCAAAAUGAAGAAGACAGAUCUACAAAAAGAAGGUUUCGAUCCAAGUUUAACGAAAGGUGACAAAGUCUACUAUCUGGAUAUGAAACAGAAUAAAUACAUACCUUUAGGACCUCAAGAGUAUGAAUGUAUAAACAAUGGAAAGAUUCGAUUGUGAUUGAAUAGUUAAAUGAGUUUUUGGACAUGUAUCAAAUUGGUUAAAGUUAACUGUGAUCGGUUGAAGCUGGUAUUUAAACCAAUCUCUUUGGGAAUAUUUUUUAUUUUGCAUACAAUCUCUUGCUUCUUAAUACUCAAUUUCUUUGUACCUUAGAAAAUUGUGAUAAAUAGAUCACAUUGCCGCGUAUAUGCCAUAGCUUGUAGUAUUCAUUUGUUAUAAAUUAUGAACACAUGUGUUAAAAACUCGAAUAAUGAUAAAACGAAUAGAUUAUAAAUAUUUUUUUAUAUAUAAUGUUAUCGAAUAUGUAUUUAAAUUAUGAACCUCAACGUUGAUCUUAUGAAAACGAGUGUUAAAUUACGCUACGACAUACACGUGAACGUAUACGUUAACAUACACGUGAACGUAUACGUUAACAUACACGUGAACGUAUACGUUAACGUGCACGUUUACGUCAUACUAUAGUUUAGUAUUUACUUGAGUGAAUUGGCAAAUUAAUAAACGGGACAAAACAUUUGCCGAAUGCUUAUAUUAAAAGUCAGUCUUAGUAAAAUUGAUAAUACUGUUAUAUGCAUAAUUGAAAAAUCUAUUGACAAUUGAACUGUUUUAAGCAUGCGUUUGUUUGCCAUACAUUCUGUGAAGUUGAUACAAAUUUUUGUAUGAAUUCUCUUAGUAACUGUAAUGUGAUUUUAUCGAGUAAAUUAUUUAGAGUUCUUAUACUGGAUGGGGUAGAGUAACUUAUAUGAGUGUUCAAUGUGAAUUAUAGGGUUUAUCUAACCGUAGAUUUCAAAUCAUACUAGGACCUUCACGAAGAUAUAAAUUGAAUUGAGAGUUUUAAAAAUCUACAACAACAACAAAAUUCUACCAUUGGCCCUCAUAAACUUAUCUCAAUAAAUAAAGAAAUUAGUGGCACUACAAAUAUUUUAGGUCUUGGCCUCAGAUUUCUGUAUCCGUUUCAUGAUCAAUUGUUAGUCUAAUAGGCGAGUAGGUAAUCAGCCUCUUUUUGGGGCUA